CCUUCUUGACUGAAGAAAACUCAGAGGGCACUGACUAAGCAAAGGGCAUCCCAGCCUCACACAUCCAGCGAAGGCUAGAUAGUGUUCUUUAGCUGAAAGUGGAUUUGAUGAACAGUGCCUGUCUCCUGACACUUGAAAAGAUCAGUGCUAAAAACUAGCAAAGCAGCAUGCCUGCAGGAACAAGUUGGAAAAACAGAUCAUGGAGAAAGGCUGAGAAUGGAGGGGGGAAAUGUACAAAAUGACAACCUCCCCCACCCCCCAAAAAAGUGAUGAGGAUAGGGGUGAGAAAAAAGUGUGUGACACGCCAUAUGUGAAGAACAGGAGGGAAGAGAAAAGCAGAAAGAUGGAAAAUGAAAAGAAGUACAAAGUGCAGAAUAGAAAAUGCUAAGGCUCCUUACUAACAUGCAGGAGCAACUCCAAGAAAGAAAAAGAGAUUCACACACUGCUCUCCCCAUUGAGUAAAAAUGGGUGACUGGAGCUUUUUGGGAGAAUUCCUGGAGGAAGUCCAUAAGCAUUCUACUGUGGUGGGGAAAGUCUGGCUGACUGUGCUCUUCAUCUUCCGGAUGCUUGUCCUGGGCACAGCUGCCGAGUCCUCCUGGGGCGACGAACAGUCAGACUUCAUGUGCGAUAGCCGGCAACCUGGUUGUGAGAAUGUCUGCUAUGACCAAGCCUUCCCCAUCUCCCAUGUCAGGUAUUGGGUCCUUCAGAUUAUCUUUGUCUCCACUCCUUCCCUGCUGUACAUGGGACAUGCAAUGCACACAGUGCGCAUGGAGGAAAAGAGGAAACUUAAGGAAGCCAAGGAAGGUUCAAAGGCAAUCCAGAGCAAGAGUGACGUUUUUCAUCAACAGGAGUAUCCACCGCCAGAGAAGGCUGAGCUGUCCUGCUGGGAUGAUUCAAAUGGGAGAAUCAUUCUGCAAGGCACUUUGCUGAACACGUAUGUCUGUAGUAUUUUAAUCCGUACUGGUAUGGAAGUAGCCUUCAUUGUGGGGCAGUACAUGCUGUAUGGAAUCUUCCUGGAAACCCUCUAUGUAUGCAAUCGGCAACCAUGCCCUCAUCCAGUCAACUGCUACGUUUCUCGGCCAACAGAGAAGAACAUCUUUAUUGUUUUCAUGCUCGCUGUGGCAGCACUCUCUCUUUUCUUAAGCCUGGCUGAACUAUAUCAUUUGGCAUGGAAAAAAGUCAAGCAGAGGUUCUCCCGCUCUUGCAAGAACAGCCCUAGCUCAAAUAAUGGGAUACUGGAGGCAGAAUCCCAAGGGAAAAAAAUGGCACAGAGCUGCACCCCUCCUCCAGAUUUUAACCAGUGUUUGGCCAACCCUGGUGGAAAGUAUAUCAGCCCGUUCAGCAACAAAAUGGCUUCCCAGCAGAACACUGCUAAUUUUGCAACAGAGAGAGUUCAGAGCCAAGAUGAUAUCAUUGGGGAAGGCCCAUUUAUCCAAGUUAACUAUACACAGAACCCUGAGGUCAGGAAUAAUUCUGCACCCGGCUUGCUCUCAAAUGGCUACUUGCCUGACAAACGCAGGCUUAGUAAAACCAGCCAUGCCAGCAGUAAGGCCAGAUCCGAUGACCUAUCUGUGUGAAUUGCUUUUAAUGGGAGCAAGAUCAAGAGAAGAUGCCAAAUACCUGCAGUUGAGCUUUUGAUAUUUUGCCAAUCUGAGCUCCAUUCAGCCAUCUACUCUAACUCAUUUUUAAGGGAAUGGCAUUUCUAUCCUGAAAUACUAAGAAGACUAUGAAAAGCUUAUUUUAAAGCUUGUCAUGCUGUGAGCCCAAUAUUGUUCAGAAAGGAGACCAAUCAGUUUCAAGAUUAAUUCAGCUACUGUAUGGCAGUCUGAUUCACAGCACACCGUAACACUGCAUAUUUCAACCAAUAUCAUGAUUAUGAUUUCUCCAAAGAACCCUGGGGUUUGUAGUUUUUUGACAGAGCUAGCAAGCCUAUAAUCCCAAACUUUCAUCAACUGAAAUUCUCAUGAAUUCUUGAACUUUUACAGUGACAGCUUUACAAACCAUAACUCUUUGUUGCUUAGGAGGUGUCAUUGAUACUUUAGCAAUGAGGCUGGUUCUCAUUUAACUUUCUGGUGUGAUGCUAAUGGGAUAUACUUUGGCUACUCCUCUUUCGGAAUUGUUUUCAUCUUUUUUUUACAGAACCCCAGGGGACAGCUUUCUCCUUCCUAUGACAACAAACUCAACUUGUCUUGCCUUCUCUUUAUUUCUUUGUUGGACUCCACAUACUACUACAUACUACUAUACAAGCAUAUCAUACGUAUUCCAAGUAAAUGUGCAAUGAUUUUUACUUGAAUUUUUAAAAUAUAUUUGUUUAUCUGUCUAUAACUAUACAGUACUUUAAAAUAACGUUAUAGUACUAGUGAAACACUGGCUCAAUAAGAUGACAACUGAAAGUAUUUUAAUUAGAAUGGUCUCAAACAACAUAUUCAGUCAGUUGAAGCAAUGGUCUAAAUCAGUGGUUUUCAACCUGUGGGUCCCCAGGUGUUUUGGCCUACAACUCCCAGGAAUUCCAACCAGUUUACCAGCUGUUAGGAUUUCUGGGGGUUGAAGGCCAAAGCAUCUGGGGACCCACAGACUGAGAACCACUGGUCUGUGUAACAUAAGCAGAGUAACACAACAGGUUACUGGAUUUCAAUUGGCUUUUCCACUUGUGUAAGUAGCAGCAAAUUUGUUCUUGUGGUUCAUGUUUACAAUAAUUAUAUGGAUGAGUGUACUAACCAAUCAUGCAACUGAAAACUGCAUGAAAUUGGUCUCUUGAAUAUAGUUCACAACCAAGUGUCCACAAGUGCAACUUCAUUCAUACAAAUGGAACAGAACUAUGGAAUACUGGCCAGAAUUUCCAGUGGACAGCAAUAUUCUCAGGAGAAGCAUGAACAAGGUUGUGUAUGAAAGCACAGUUAGUUUGUAUACAUGUUGUAUUCUUUAACCCAUUCUUAAUUUGCAUGUUUGUAAUGUUGGAUAUAAAGAAACUAAACAUUUAGAGCAUAGGUUCCCAAACUUAUUUGGCCUACCGCCCCCUUUCCAGAAAAUAUAUUACUCAGCGCCCUGGAAAUUAUUUUUUUUAAAUUUUAAUAGCAAUUAAACAGAAAGAUAUAUGUACCUGUAGCCAUCACCACUGCCCUGAAUUGCUGCAGCGCCCACCAGGGGGCAGUAACAGCCACUUUGGGAAUCACUGAUUUAGUACAAAAAAGGGGUGGUGGUUUUGGAGGACCAGCUUCUACUCGGUUCUAAAAGACUGACUACUCUCUGUGCUCAGCUGGUUAGCUAAGCAAGAAAUUGAGGGAGAAACCUGCAGAAAUGGAGGUAUCAAAAACUGUCAUCAAUUGGUAACUUGAGGAGCAUUCACAAGAGCAUUAUUUAGGAGAUAAGGCCCUUACUCAAGCAACUCUCUAGUUAGUCGAGGUCCAGUACAACAACCUCAAUCCUCCUGUGAUUACUUAACUGCUAUGCUGUUAUAUUUUUCCUAAUUCUGUGGAGUGGUAUUGAAGUUGAAAGUACUUCUCUUCAGGUAUCAUACCUCAUGGAUGCCAGUGCCUGAUAUGCUUCUUCUUACUGUUGGAAACCAAAGGCUCCAAAGGACUGAAACACAAUAUGUACUUCUAAAGGGUUCCAUGCCUGGCAAAUUCAGCUCGGUUUUGCCCUCACAUGAACUUUCAAUAUGGGAAUAUUAUCGUGUGAUAGUACACCAGGCAUGAUGACCGCCACUUCUUCCCAAAGAAACCUGUUAACGCUCAUGUUCUAUUUCUUUUUUGCCACCACACAGUUCAGAUUAGAUGCCUAAGUGGUGGCAAAUACCACUGAAGUUAUCUCGCAAACCACUCAUAUGACACAGGGAUAGGUUGAGGAGUAAUCACAGAACUGACAAGAGAAAAUGUAUUUGGUCUUCCAGUUUUAGGAAGUUCCAAUGCCCAGAUGGAAAUGUGCUCAUUGCUCGUUCCAAAAAUGUGUUUUAUAUAAUGUUAUAUGUGGUGUAGACAAAGGAAACAGGUGCCCUUAAUAUUCUAAAGAGCUACCUUUAAUUUCCUUGCUCCCCACUUCCUUUCAGGAGCAAGGAAAAUAAUACACUCAUUAUUUGUGGUAAACAGGUGAAAGAAGGAAUACAUUGAAUUGCAUGAUUCCUUUCUUUAUGGCCCUCACAUUUUCCAUAAUGCAGGCACCAAUGGGAAAAUGCAUGCUCUAUUUUCAAGAUGUUUCAAAUAAUGUACUGUGUUUCAAAUAAUGUUACUGUUGUCCUAAUUAAAGUUUGGACUAUUA